UCAUUUCAAGAGGUGGGAGUGGCUGCCGUGCAGAAAUAUUUCCACGCGAUGUCACGUGACGUUGGAAAACAAACACAUAAUAGAGCCUCCGUGUUUUUAGCACAGCAUCCCGCCUCGUACACGUCUUGUGAUUCAUUUAUUGACAGUACUUUGAUGUUUCCCAGAGGCACGCCCCCGACGCCGUCCUCCACCUUCCUUCUUUCCGCCCUGCCUCCAAUGGCCGGAGGAAUGUAGUGUUGGUUUGCCACUUUAAAAAUAACACCGCUCACCUCUGAGAGCGCGCGGCUCCGGUGGCUGCCCUGCACUGUGCGACGAGGAGCGGGAAUGCCAACAUGGCUACAGACCUCGGCGAGAUGCUGGUCCCCUACAUGCCCACCGUCAGAGUGCCCAAAACCGGAGACAGGGUGUUUAAGAGCGAGUGCUCCUUCUCCUUCGACUCCCCGGAAUCUGAGGGAGGCCUGUAUGUGUGCAUGAACACAUUCCUGGGCUUUGGGCGAGAACACGUGGAGAGACACUAUCGCAAAACAGGCCAGAGUGUUUACAUGCACCUCAAGCGACACGUCAAAGAAAAAGCUACAGGAGCUGCAGGAGGCGCCAUCCCCAGGCGACGGAAUGGAAAAGUGUUUUUGGAUUUAGAGCUAAACCGUGAUUUUAACGGUGAGGACUAUGAGUACGAGGACGAGGCCAAGCUUGUUAUAUUUCCAGACCACUUCGAGAUCCCCUUACCAAAUAUUGAGGAGUUACCCGCUCUGGUAACCAUCGCCUGUGAUGCAGUGCUCAAUGCGCCGUCGGCCUACAAAAAGCAGGAGCCUGAAUCCUGGGAGGAGGAGAUCCAGGUAUCCAGACAUGCCAGAAGUCUCAGACAGUUAGACAAUGGAGUCAGAAUCCCCCCCAGUGGCUGGAAGUGUCAGAAGUGCGAGAUGAGAGAGAACCUGUGGCUGAACCUGACGGAUGGCGCCAUGCUCUGCGGCAAGUGGUUCUUUGAUGGCAGCGGGGGGAACGGACACGCUCUGGACCACUACAAAGAGACCAAACACCCGCUGGCUGUCAAACUGGACACCAUCACUCCAGAUGGAGCAGAUGUCUAUUCGUUUGAGGAAGAGGAAGCUGUGUUGGACCCGCACAUAUCAGAACACCUGUCUCACUUUGGAAUAGACAUGCUACAGAUGCAGAAAAAAACAGAGAAUGGCCACCACACAGACAACAACGCCCGGCCACGGGUCAGCGAGUGGGAGGUGAUCCAGGAGUCCGGCAUGAAACUGAAAGCGGUGUACGGUUCCGGUUACACGGGCAUCAAAAACCUCGGCAACAGCUGCUACCUCAGCACAGUCUUGCAGGUCCUCUUCAGCAUCCCAGACUUCCAGAGGAUGUACGUCGGGAACCUUCAGAGGAUAUUCGACUAUUCACCCCUUGACCCCACACAGGACUUUGCCACGCAAAUGGCUAAAGUGGGCCAUGGGCUCCUCUCAGGGCAGUACUCCAAACCACCCAUGAAAUCUGAGCUCAUUGAACAGGUGAUGAAAGAAGAAUACAAGGUAUUAAACUGGCACCAACAAAAAGGCAUCUCCCCCCGGAUGCUGAAGGCUCUAGUCGCCCGAGGACAUCCGGAGAUUUCCUCCAACAGGCAACAAGACGCACAAGAGUUCUUCUUGCACAUGAUCAACUUGGUGGAGAGGAACAGUACGAGCUCAGAGAAUCCGAGUGACGCCUUCCGCUUCCUGGUGGAGGAGCGAGUCCAGUGCUGCCAGACACGCCAGGUUCGAUACACUCAGCGGGUGGAUUACUGCAUCCAGCUGCCGGCCCCCAUCGAAGCCGCAACCAAUCGAGAGGAGCUGUUGGCUUACGAGUCCAAGCGGAGGGAAGCUGAGGAGAAUAUGAGACCCCCCCCAGAGCCGGUGAGGGCUCGCAUCCCUUUCACCGCCUGCCUGCAGGCCUUCACUGAGCCCGAGAACGUUCCAGACUUCUGGAGUUCGGCGCUGCAGGCCAAGUCUGCUGGAGUCAAAACAUCUCGCUUCGCCUCAUUUCCAGAAUAUCUGGUGCUCCAAAUCAAGAAAUUCACAUUUGGAGUUGACUGGGUACCAAAGAAACUAGAUUUGGGCAUAGAUGUUCCAGACUUCCUGGAUUUGAGCCGUCUCCGAGCCACAGGGCUGCAGUCAGGUGAAGAGGAGCUCCCUGACCUGAUGCCACCCAUUGUGCUGCCUGAAGACAUGAGAGAUAGCUCCAUGAGCUCCUUAGACUCUCCAGAAAUAGAUGAGGCAGCAGUAAUGCAGCUGGCAGAGAUGGGCUUCCCGCUAGAGGCCUGCAGGAAGGCCGUCUACUAUACUGGCAACAUGGGCCCCGAGAUGGCCUUCAACUGGAUCAUAGCCCACAUGGAGGAGCCUGACUUUUCAGAGCCUCUCAUGCUGCCCUCUAUGUUGGACCCGGGCCUUUCCAGCAGUGCAGACAGCCCCAUGGGCGCCACCCCGCUGGAUAACUCGCCCCCCGAGGAGAGCAUCGCCAUCCUUACUUCCAUGGGCUUCCCUCGCACUCACACCAUCCAGGCGCUCAAAGCCACGAACAAUAACCUUGAGAGAGCGCUCGACUGGAUCUUCACCCACCCGGAGGAGGAGGAGAGCGACGCUCUUUCCAACAUGGCAGACACGGAGCCCAAUGACAACGCUUUCUCCAAUGCCAACUCGCACAGUGACUCCACAUUGUCCCCAGACAGGGACACGUCGGGGCCGCGCGUCAAAGAUGGACCAGGACGUUAUGAGCUCUUCGCCAUCAUCAGUCACAUGGGAGCAUCCACAAUGUCUGGACACUAUGUUUGUCACAUUAAAAAGGAAGGAAGGUGGGUGAUCUACAAUGACCACAAAGUGUGUUUAUCAGAAAGGCCUCCAAAGGACUUGGGCUACAUCUACUUUUACCAUCGACUGUCAAGCAGUUAAAGUUAGCACCCAUUAGCACCCCCCAAACCCCGCCCCCCCUCCCCCAACCAAUGAACAACUGUCAUCCAUCCUGGGAGAAUGGCUCCCAACGGUACCAACAGCCUCAGUGGUAACCAUGGAAAUAUCACUUCAGACCAUCUACCUGCCUUAACCACGAGGGCGGUGAGGGAAAGCGAUGUGCUCUUUUUGUGCGUUUGUGCUUGUUGUUGUUGGACAGCGGGAUGUGUGCAAUGUCUGGCGUACUCUACCCCCAAAGACGCGCAACAUCAUAUCUCACUGGUACCCGUUAGAUGCCUUCAGAUAACGUGUCAGUAUUUUCUAAAAGGUACAUUUUGUAAAUGUAUUGCAAUAUUUCAAGGUAGUGCCAGUGCUUAACACCAACAUGGUCUGGGAUGUCAAAAAUGUGCAAUUAGUGCCUUUCUUUUUAUUUCAGAUAGGUCCUUGAAAUUGAUAUUGUUGGACAGUGGACAAAGCAGACCUUUUUGUGGCCGCAUAAUAGCUCAACCCUGACGCAAUUUAAUGUGCUAGUUUGUCACUUUUACCAACAAAAAACUUUUUUUUGUUUUCAAAAUUGAAGUAUUUUCCUUCACUGAAAGCACUUUUUUUUUUCUUCAAUCAAUAAUAUUUUGCACCACAUGCCCAAGCAGAGUCUACACUAGCUACACAGAAGUGAAUGUGAUUGUGAUUUAAAUGUCAACUCCCAUUACUACUGUAAACCCGUGAGAGAACGUCUCUACUAUAUUGAGGUCCUUGCUACUACACUUUGGGUCUUUUAAUACAGAAAGGCAAAUGUCUCAGCAGUUAAAAAAAAAAAAAAGAAUGUUUUAUUCUACGCGCAACUAAUUUUUAUUUAGUCCUAUAUAUAAUCUAAUAUAUAUAUAUAUAUAUAUAUAUCUACAUAAAUAUUAUAUAUAUAAUAGACGAUAUUCGUGUCCAAAGCAAUAUGUACUACAAGCAAACCUACUGGAUUGUACAGACCUGCACUGAAUGUGUAAACAAUAACAACAGAGAUUUGUUUUAAUACGCACGCACCACGUAGUUAGACUCGAAAAUCCACAAGUAAUUGAUGGUUUGUCAUUACAUAUCAAUGCCGCAAGAAAGCAUCACUUAUGUCAAAGGAAACGCCUCAAUUAACCUUAACAUACUUUGCAAAUAGGCAAAUGUUGAACUGUGAUUAUGCGCCAAUUCACUGUACAUGAACCGUAUUUCCUCAAAUGAUGGCUUCCGCUCUAAUAGAUGCCAUAUCCCGAAUAUUCACCUGGUGCAUCCGUGUGGAUGAAUAAACACUUCAAAUAGACACUUCCUUUGUUUACCUCAAGGAAAAAGUAACAGCAGGUAGCUGUAAUUACCUUUAUUAUGACUGAUACCAACAUGUGUCACAGUAGUAAACACGCACCGCAUCUGUAAAUCUGAAGUUUAAAGAGAAAGCGAGUGCAGCAAGGUGUUGGGAGAGAAAUGUUCCCAUUCCGCCUGUUUUACAGGUCGCGGAAUGGUGAUGGUACAAAGUCAUCUUUGGCGGUAGCAUUAAAACCAUAACAGAGACGGGACGACGUCUGUGUAAAACGGAAUGUCGGACUACUGGGACCGGGGUUUGCAAUUUCGCAACACUACUUGCACUGACGUGAUCACACGUGUCUUAUUAUCUGAUUGCGGGAUGUCGUGUUGGCUGUAAAAUAAAUUUGCCUUCUCACGAUAGACACUAGAACUCUCUGCCGUUGGGUAAGUAAUAGAAAACUAGAUGGCUAAAUACGUUACAGUACUUCAAAUCCUUCUGCGGAUUUUAGCCUGCGCUCAUAUUCAAGACUUGAGAUUCAUAUUUCUUAAGAGGAAAUAGACACCCACAUAUCACAAUACCGGUUAGUGUAGUAUCUCAGGUUUCUGACGUGUCUGUCCUUGAGGGCCAAUGUAAUAUUUCAGCAGUGCUUCCCUUCGAACAACGCUGUGCCUACAAGGUCCUUGAGCAAGUUUAAAAACAGUAUAUCUCAACAUAACACCCCUAAUCUGUGGAAUUCCCGAGGCAGUGAGAAAAUGAUCAAGCAUCUCUACGGAAGUCCCGGCUCGCUUUUGCAUCCCCCGUGUCGAAUGGAAGGUUCUCAUGUGAUCAGUGGCCGCCUGGUAAAGUCAUCUCGACGGUGUCGAGUGAUGAAUAUCUUCUUAUCUUCUGUUGUCAUGUAAUAUUCUGUUAAUCUCCAAGCACCCGAUCAUAUUAUCGUGAGUGUAUGUUUUGUUUGAGUUUUACCCUUCCAGCUGUUGUUCAAGAUAUGGUUCAAUUCGUCUCUACUGUUAGCAUGUGCACUAAACGUUAACAUUUUAGUUAUUUGGAUUGCAAGGCUGUACUUUGCUGGGCUUUCUUUUCAUGUAACUAAAUGUUCAAGUGGUUCUUUGUUGCCUUUUUAGAAACAGAUUUGUGCAAAUGAUUUUAGUUUUCCUCAAGAGAUUGUUUUACGUUGACUUUUGAAAUGUAUGCCUUUAUUCAGAUAUGGCUUAGCCGUAUGUGAAUAGAGACAUGCCAGUAUGCUCAAUGGCACUGUUUACUUACGAUGUUUGGGUAAUUUAAUAAACAACACUUUGUCCA